AUGUUACCAUCCAUCAGCCUCGUCUUGUGGGCAAGCGUGGCCAUAGCCCUGACUCUGCCGCACAGUUACACUCAUACUGACAGCCACAACUACUUGCAUAGACCCACCAGUCUCCAACACAAGCACGACCGCCGUGGCGACGCAGUCUCUGACCUUCUCUACAUAGCACCCACAUCAGCCAGUUGCUCGGGCGCUGAGUUUCCCGCAGAAUGCGUCGCCUCAUCCGAAGCUAUCGCUGAAGCAAUUGUCAUUAGUUUCGCGAAAUAUAACGUCACCACGGCGCCGGAACAAGCAGCGCUGCUAUCUUGGAUGGCAUACGAGAGUGGUGCAUGGAAAUAUAACACCGACCACUAUCCCGCACCGGGUCGUCCAGGCCAGGGGACACGAAAUAUGAUGAUGCCGAAUUAUGUUCUCGAGUACGCAUCGAGUAUUGACACGUUGAGCACGCAGGUGGAUGCCGCGGGAGGAGAUGUUGGGAGAAUACUGGCGCUGGUGCAACCAGAUGAAUAUUCGUUUGCCAGUGCGGCGUGGUAUUACAGUACACAGUGUGGGGAGGGGGUGAAGGAAAGUGUUAGGCAUGAAGGGUUGACAGGGUGGCAGGCUUUUGUAAGUGAGUGUGUGGUUACGACGGUGAAUGGAGAGAGGGAGGCUUAUUGGACACGCGCGUGUGAGGCUCUGGGGGUGAGCACCUAAGCUUAGGUGUUUGAUUGGUGGGAAGGGUGGACGGCGGCACGGGUCGAUAGGCGGCCCCUGGCGGGUUCAGCCUUGUGGGAAGGGGAUGCUGGAAC